AUGAUGAAGGACCUUCCCGACAAGGGCUGGAUGAAGUCUGAACGAGAUGAGAAGGGCCACUUCAUCAUUGAUCUGUUGGGCAGCGCCGGGAAGGAAGCAGACGACGCCAUGAACGAGGGCGCUCCCACGGACGGCGAGGAGAGCAGCGACGACUCGACGGACAAGGACUCGGAGGGGAGUUCUGUGAAGGGGGAGACCGACGACGGCAGCGACUCGUCGGUGCCCGACGCCGACGCCUACUACAUCGAGACCGUCCCGGAGUUCUACGACAUCGGCAGCGACGACGAGGCGCUGACGACAGAGGGUUUCUUAGACAUGGACGCGGACACCUACUCAGACCUGAUCUUGGCCCUAGAGCAAGCGGAGACCGACAUGAAGGACACGCUUAGAGGACCCCGCGAGCGCGUGGUCUGGAAGGUCUUCGUGGACCAAGGGGCGCUGUCGGAGGAGCUGCUGGAGUUCCCGCAGGUCAAAGUGACCCAGUUCAGGUUGGCUGACGGCUGGGACUAUUCCAAGCCCAACGUGAUUCGCAGCUUCUUGAGUAAGAUCGAUGAGGAGAAGCCCGAUGACAUCUUCUUCGCACCCCCAUUCAGGAUAUGGUGUUCUUGGCAACAUGUCAAUGAGAAGUUGUCGGAGGAACACGCGAAGGAGAUCAACCUCACCCGACAGAGAGAGGAAAAGACGUUCCUCAAGAUGGUUCGAGAUUCUUUUGUGAAGCAGCAGAACGGCGGACGUCAUGCGCACGUAGAAGGCCCGUGGCAGGGGCUACACUGGCAGACCAAGACCUGGCAGAAGCUGCCUGGAUACCACUGCCGGCUCGACCAGUGCAGGUUGGGCGCGAAGUUCGAGAUCAAGGGUAAGUUCAUGCCGUACCAGAAGCCCACGCGACUCCAGUCCACGAACAAAGAGUUUGUUCACCACCUGAACAUGAAAUGCAGCUGUACCGAGGAGCACGUGGUUUUGCGCGGCAAGCUUGCCCAGCAGGCUCAGAACUACCCGAGACCGAUGGCGCGAAGAAUGGCCUACUUGAUCGCCUAUCAGGGCAUGGCCGAUGACAUUGAGGAUAUCAACACCGCCGAGGAGGUCUCCAAGGAUAUCGAUGCCAUCGAGUACACCGACGUGAUGCAGGAGCUGAUGAAGCAUUUCAACGUGUCGACGAUCAGGGCGGUCAAGCGCGCUCACAUCAGCCUGGGCCACCCUUCCAACGCGGCACUGGCUACCGCCAUGAAGCACGCGAAGGCCCCGGCCGAGUGGCCCCAGUGUGCCAAGCUCUUCCAGUGUGAAGUGCCUGAGCAGGCUAAACGGUUCAACGAGGUCGUGAACACCGACGUCUACUACGUCAACUGGAAGAACAAGGAGCGAAAGAUCUUGACCAUGAUGGAUGAGUUUACGCGCUACGAGGUGGACUACCCGAUCGCGAAGGAGACUUUCAAGAAGGAGGUGAAGCUGUUUCAGAAAUUGUGGAUCAGCUGGGCUGGCAGGCCCGACACCACGAGGAUGGACAUGGCAGGCUCGCACACGUCAAGAAAGAUGCACCAAUGGAUGAGCAAGCACGACAUCACGCUCAACCUGAUCCCGAAGGGCGCGCACCACAAGCUCGGACUUAUGGAGCGCAACCAUGCGGUCAGGAGGGAGCAGCUCAGCAAGUACCACCUGCAGUUUCCCGACGACUCGCUCAAGACAGCGCUCAGGAUGACCGCCAGCCAGCGGAACACCUUACGCAACGUGCACGGGUAUUCGCCCGCGACGCUGGUGCUGGGUACACAGCCCAAGGUGCCUGGCGCGCUGUGCGACGAGGACUUCGGCCUGGCGGAGCAGGCCGCGCUGGUCGAUCCCAAGAGCGAGGUGCACGAGAUGAUGGUCAGGCGCGCUGCGGCGGGGACGGCACUCAUCGAGGCCAACUGCUCUCGUGCCGCGCGAGCUGCGCUGUUGGCGCGCAGCAGGCCGACACGCCGCGAGUACCAGAUCGGCGAGUGGGUCUACUUCUGGCGGCCCGAGAUGUCGACGGGCAUGGAGAAGUGCCACUGGCAUGGCCCGGCGCUGGUGGCGGCGGUGGAGUCGAAGGUCAACGAGGACGACGUGAUGCACACGUCCGUGGUGUGGGUCACGCACGGGCGCACGAUCUACCGAUGCACGGUGGAGCAGCUCCGUCCCGAGCUGUCCAGCGAGACCCGAGAGCGAGAAGGACGACGCGAGGACCCAGACAGCCCACACAGCACCACCGAGAAGCUGAGGAGGGCGCUCAGGCGGACCAAGGGUACCCGCAGCUUCAGCGACCUCGCCGAGGGGGGCCAGCGGCCCCAGUACGACGACACCCUGGACGACAUGGGCGCACAGCAGCCCGGCGCCCAGGGACACCCCGAUGGAGAUCCUGUUGGACAAGAACGAGAGGAGCCGAGUGGAGCGGCUGCCGCGGCAGCUCCCGAGGCCCACCAGCCAGCCGAGGCUGGCGAGGAGGCGGCUCCAGACCCCGCGGCUGCGGGGGCCAGCGCUGCGCGAGAGCGCGGCAACGCUGCGAGGGAGCCGAGCAGAGUUCACAUCGAGGCGAUGGCCAAGAGGAGCAUCGAGGAGGCCGAGAGGCUGGACGGCACCCCCUUGGCAAAACGCGCCCGCAUGUCGUGGGCCAGGCUCGCACCGCAGCAGGAGGAGUCGUGUCUCAUCGAGGAGGUGGACGACGAGAUGAUGUUGUUGGAAGAAUCCACCGAGACAAUCUACAUGCUGGCUUUCAAGAGGAAGGCCCCCACCAUCGUGGAGGGGAGGCUUACACCCAAGGAGCGGGAGCAGCUCUACGCAGCCAAGCUGGAGGCCCUCGAGGUGUUCAACAAGAACGACGGCUGGGAACCCAUCGACGAUUCGGAGGUGGACCCAGCGGCGUGUUGCCCGCUACGCUUCCUGCUGAAGUGGAAGGUGAAGGACGGGCAGCCAGUGGCCAACGCUCGAGUGCUCUACCAAGGUUUCAAGCACCGCGACGUGGCCGAGGGCCAGCUUGACAAGGAGGUGCCCACUUUGACCAGGCUGGGCCGACACACGGUCAUGCUGUGGGCAUCCUUGAGGAAGUGGAGACUGUUCGCUGCGGAUGUGAAGUCCGCAUUCCUGCAGGCCGAGGACGCCAGUGUUCACGGCAUCAAGCUGUACGCGAGCCCGACGAAGGAGAUGAGGGACACGCUUGUACACCAGAUCGGCCUGCAGCCAGGACAGUUGCUCAAGAUGAUCAAGCCUUGCUUUGGGGACCCGCGGUCGCCCAAACUCUGGCACUACCGCUCCGACGAAGUCACGAGGGAGAUCGGGUUCAGGAAUCACUGGCUCGAGGAUUGCUUGCUGCUGUCCUUGCGGGCCGCGCGGCCCUCGGACGACCCGCUCGACGCGUGUAGCUUCGACGGCCAGACGUUCGUGGUGGACGGGCUGAUCGGCAAGCACGUGGACGACUUCAUCGACCUCGGCGAGAACGUGAGUUGCGAGGAUGACCUAUACGCCAAGCUGGACGACACCGAGUGCCUCCAGGCGCGGCUGGGCAUGCUCAACGAGAAGUUCAUGUUCGGCAAGUGGGAGUUCGGACCGAGCCUAGUCUUCACCGGCGGCGAGGUGGAGCAGUCCCUGAGCACCCACGCGAUCACCAUCAAGUUCGAGAAGUACCUGCACGCGGCGAGGCCCAUCACCGUGGAGAAGCACCGGCGGGCAGAUCCCACCAGCACGCUGUCGCCGAAAGAGCUCACGAGUUUCAGGACCCUGAACGGCCAGCUACACUGGCCGGCAGCCCAGGGGGUCAUCAUCGCGGCGGCGACCGCAUCGUUCAGAGCCGCAGCGACUGGACACGCGACAGUGCAGGACUUGCUGGAUGCGAACAAAGAUUCACGGCUCCUGAAGGCCAACGCGGAUGUGGGACUGUACUUCGGCUUCGACAGGCCGUGGAGUAAGUUGCGCGUUGGAGGCUACUCAGACGCGAGCUGGGCCAGCCGACCUGACGGAAGUUCCCAAGGAGGCUAUCAGAUCUUCGUCGGACCCGAGGACGAGCUCAACGCCGGCACCCCGACACCGUUCGUGGCCAUGGAGUGGGCCUCGAAGAAGCUGGUGCGGUUGUGCAGGAGCUCUCUGUCCGCCGAGGCGCAAGCCGCGGCGCUGAUGUGGGUGAAGGUCUUUUUGGCCGUGAGUCUGAGGCCUGACCUCGGACAUGAUACCGCCAUGACAUACCUCGGAGAGUCGCCGUUCAUCACGGACGCAAAGUGCCUCUACGACGCCUCGCGGUCAGCGACGGCAGGAUUGGGCAUCGCAGAGAAGAGAACGGCCAUCGAGGUGAAGAUCGUGAACGAGCAGCUGGCAGAGGUCAACGCUAGGUGGAAGUGGGUGAACACCCAGCAGCAGAUGGCAGACGGACUUACCAAGCUUUCGGCACGCCAGAUGAUGGCGGAUGUGCUACGCCGCGGAGUUCAUGCCUUGCGCUACGACCCCGACUUCGUGGCCGGCAAGAAGCUCACCAAGCGUGCGAUGGAGCAACGCGAGAAGGAGCUGGACCAGGCAAGAGAAGAAUUGCUCGACACCUUCGAGAAAGAGCCCGUGGCGAAGGCGAAGGCUAAGGCCAGGACGCGCCAUUCUGGCGCGAGUGGAGCUUGUUCGGCAGCUACGUUGGCAGCUUCGGGAGCGACUGGCUCUGGAGCUGAGGUGAUACAAUAUACGCCCAGGGGCGUCGAGCUGCUCCACCCACCGACCAACGACGGCUGGGACAACCUGCUGGCGAGGCUGGCUACGUUCGGAUUCCUGACGGCGAUGCUCAUGGCUUUUGGCUGUGGAUUCUGGGUCGGCACCUGCUGGACGCGCUGGACUACGACGAGCGCUGAGCAGAAGAGCAUCAGGCCGCGUGAGCCUGAGACCGAGCCGACGGAGAAGCACUACGUCGAGGGGACCGAGAAGAUGACGACCGGUGUGAACACCAAGCAGCCACGACAGAAGAAGGUGCGUCACAUGAUGUGUCAGGCGCAAUCGUUAUAA